AUGACAGUCUUGGCAGAAAGUGAUGAUCAACCAAAGUACCAUCCCUUACCACAAAAAACGGAUGAUCAUCAUGAUCCCAGACAACAACAAAAAACCGACGAUGAAACCAGCAAACGCGCGCGUAAGUUCAUGGUGAUUUUUCCUCUACUACUUGCUAUGUUGCUCGCUAUCAUAGCUGGGAUUCUCGUAGCUUUCUCAAGAAACCCCAAAUAUCACGUGGAUGACGUGACUCUCACUCAAUUCGAACUCUCCCCUACAAACAACACUUUGUACUACAACCUUGCCGUUAAUAUAACGUUUCCUGAUAGCAAGGAUGGAAUACAUUACGAUAAAAUUCGAGCAAAUGUAAUGUAUCAUGGGCAAAGAUUGAUGACAAAACAUGUCCAAGGGUUUUAUUUAGAUCAAAAAAAGAACAAUAAUGUGAAUGUAUUAUUUAAAGGCCAACAACUAUUGGUAUUGGAUAAUGGUGAUGAGAAAGAGUUGUAUGAAUCCGAAAGUAAGGAUGGUGUUUAUGAAAUUGAUUUGAAGUUGAGGUUUAAGAGCAAAUUAACAGAUUUUUCAUGGGAAUUGGGUCCGGGUUAUCUUGAAUCUAAAGUUGCAUGUCACUUGAAAGUCCCAUUAAUAAGCUCUCAAAAUAAGGUUCCAUUUGUUGAAUUUGAGAGAACUUAUUGUGUUUAUAAGGAGUGGCAGAAAGUUAGUCUCUAUUAUUAG